GUGAUGACAUGGAGGAGUUGGGCUCAACACUUUAUAAAGCUGCUCCAUCCGCGGCGAGCCGCUCUUUUAAUAAAGACCGCUGAGGCUGAAACUCCAUCUCCAUCCAACCUACUGGAAGCAAGUGAAACCUCUACCAUACUUUCCACCAUGAGUGAGAGACAAGGAUCCGGGCCAGCUGCUGGCAACAAGACGACCUCUGGAGGAAAAGAUGAGUCCAAGGCGGACGUCCCAGAGGAUUUUGACAUCGACAUGGAUGCCCCAGAGACCGAAAAGGCAGCGGUCACCAUCCAGUCCCAGUUCAGGAAGUUCCAGAAGAAGAAGCGCGAUGAGAAGUCCUAGUGAGCGCCAUGGUGAUCCAUCGUCCUUUGGAAGUGAUGGCACUUUGACGCCGGUGUGACAUUUGCAUGUAAACAAAUUCAUACCUGUCUAAACAGAAGGGGUUGUGAAAAGGUGGGGUGGGAAAGGGAAUGCAAUAGCCUGUUAAUCUUAUGACUGUCUGUGAAUUCUCAUUACCCUGUCAUUAUGAUUGCUAUUAUUUAUAAUGUUGACUGCUGUAUUACUAGAUAUGAGAACAAGGUUGAAGAUUUAGGUUUCUGUCCUGCCAUAUAUGUCCAUAUAUCAUACCUUCUCUAUGUUUUUGUACUUAUUCUCAUAGUUUUACCAGUACUCGCCCUACCUGGACUGUCUCCGGAGCUGAUGAUAAAGCUUGCUUUUACGAAACCUUUCCAGGAACUUUUCAUUUACCCUGAGGCAUUUUUCUUACCUGCAUGGUUCUGUCAAACUUGUGUGUCAGUGUACAUUGAAUAAAUAAAAAAUAACUAUGUGGAAA